ACAACGCUGCUCCGCGGAGAUACUAUCACUCGGGCUUUGAAAUAACUCAGCCUAGUGUUGGAAGUGGAUUUGUCUUUGCAGAAUGGAAGUUCUAUAAAGUUCUUUCAAGAGUUUCGCGACGAGUUUUUUUUUAACAUAGCGGACAACAGCCGCAAGUGAUAACCUCAUUUUCGCGACAUGAGGUUAAAAGAGGCCAGUAAAUCAACAGGGAGGUACCGAUUACACUCCACCGGUCGCGUUUAUCCACAGAGGCAGCUGGCCCUGCUGGUGCUGACUUUCGCGGUGAUCGUGGCGUCCGGUGGCUUGCUGGUUAUGAUCGAGAAGGGCAUUCUGAAUGAUCUGCAGACACCUCCACCGCGAAGUACCGGGUAUAACAGUCGCAGCUACACGACGGUCCUGCGGAUGGGAGAGACGACCACUCUGGAGCCCGACUAUCAGAUUGUUCAAGAAAUCCGAAAUCACACCCUUCAAAGCGUCUGCAGUCAGAAGAACAUGCCUGUUGACGUAUGGGACCUCACUCCAAUGCAACGGAGGACUCUUCUGCAGCAUAUUUUAGUCAACGAUGAGUACAAGUUCCUCUAUUGCUAUGUGCCAAAAGUCGCUUGCUCCAACUGGAAACGAAUCAUGAAAGUUCUAAGCGGAGCCCUGGAGAAUGUGGAUGUGAAAAUUAAAAUGGAUCACAAAAAUGAUUUGGUGUUUCUAGCAGACCUGCCACCAAAAGAAAUCAAUUACAGACUAAAAAAUUACUUCAAGUUUUUAUUUGUCAGGGAUCCCAUGGAGCGCCUUCUUUCGGCCUAUAGAAACAAGUUUGGAGAGAUUCCAGCCUACCAAAAAAAGUAUGGGGUUGAUAUCAUCAAAAGAUACAGGAAAAAUUUUGGAAGGACCAACGGUGAUGAUGUCAUGUUUCAUGAAUUUCUCCAGUACUUGGUAGACGAGGAUGUGGAGAGGAUGAACGAACACUGGAUGCCGAUUUACAAUUUAUGUCAGCCUUGUGCUGUAACAUAUAACUUUAUCGGCUCUUACGAAAGACUACAUGCUGAUGCUGAGUAUGUGCUGCAGCGGGUUAGGGCACCGGCAUAUGUUCAUUUUCCCGAAAGACAGACGUGGUACAAACCAGUAACCAAUGAAACUCUGCAAUAUUACCUGUGUAGCGUUCCUGAAAUGGCUCUUGAAGAACUCUUCCCAAAAUACAUGUUUGACUUUUCUCUCUUCAUGUAUCCUCUUCCUAAUACAACCAGGGCAGUUUGCAGACAUUGAAAAGUGUUGCUUCCCUCUUUGCCGUCUGAAAGGCAGAGAUUUCUAGUCAAGCACAACGUUCCUUACAGAAAUAAAUAUCACGUUCAGAAUAAGAGCUGCUGCUGUAACACAGCAGGAAUACGGUGAAGAAGAGGAGUUGAGAUGACAUAUUACAACUGAUUAAAAAAGCAGUUUGUUUACUUGUAAAUGAUGUAUGCCAAAAAGUGCCAUAAGUAAUUGUUGCUUUUAUUGCAGUUUUUUGCACUUUAUAAAAUACAUACAUACAUAUUUUUAGCAGUAUAUUUUUGUAACAGAAAUUAUUAUUUGGCAUCCAAAGGUCAUAUGGAAAAAAGGGUUUUAUAGCAUUCCUGUCGUCACUUCAAAAUAUUAUGGUGCACUUGUUUA